CCCCGUCCUCUGGACUAUAAAGCAGAGCGGGUUCUUGGGGCGCACUUACUAUUCCGCCAAGCAGCGACCGGGUCAUCUUCCUCCGUUGCACACAGCUUCAGAGAACUUUGGAGCAGGCGCAAAGCGGAGAAGGGGCGCUCUCGCUUCCCUCGACGGCAUCCCCGCCGCCUCCUGCCGUUCUGCUAGGGUACUCCGGGUACCCGUCGGCGGGGAAGAAGCUGGAAACGAUGAAGUUCCUGCUGAUUUUGACCGCGCUCUUCCUUGCAUCCGCGCAAGCCAUGGGGGAAGAUCUGGAAGACCAGCAUGAGCUGAGCUACUGGGCGGAUUGGUCCGACGGCGGCGAGCAGAACCAGGAAAAGUUGCCUUUACCCAUUGAACACUAUCUUCAGAGAAUUGCCAGGAGACCCAGACCUCAGCAGUUCUACGGCUUAAUGGGCAAACGAGAUGCUGGAUAUAGCCCUCUCUCCCACAAAAGAUCUUCUGAAUGGAGUGAACCACAAAUGUUUCAAAGGAGACGCAAAUGAGACAGUUCUUCCAUUGUCUGUUGAAAUGUUUAAGUAGCCAGCUUAGUGUAAUAUAAAAUAGCCAUUGUAAGGAAUAAUUUAUUUAUGACUUUUUUUUUUAAGAUGAAAAUUUCAAUUACAAUGAUUUCUUCUAUUGUGGCAGUGAUAUAUACAUUAUACAGACAUGGCAAGCUCUACGGUUACAUUUCUGUAUGGAAUAUAGAGAUCAGUGAUGUUUCACAAUAAAGCACAUUAUACAUUCUGUGAAAAAAUGUUCACCAAUUGUAAAAAAAGUGGUAAAGAAUAAGGAAAAAAAAUCCUUCGUUAAUUUAGUAUUUGCUUUACCACCAAGUUGAUUUGUGAUCGUAGCAACAAAAGAAAAAAGAAAAAAAACCCUGUAAUUUCUGUAGUCAAAAUAUGUUUGUAUCAUUGCAGCAUGUUUUUGUUUAUUUUGCCUACAUAUAUAUAUUUUAAAAAAAAUGAA